AUGGCGAAUAAAAUACUAGAUCCAAUCUUUAGAUUAUACGAUCCAAUUCGUUAUUCAUUUAACAAGAAAAAAGAGGAUUAUAUUAUCAUCUCUCCCACCGUUGGUUCUAAAUCCCAAUUGAAUGAUGGUGGUAGAAUUACCUUCGAAAUAAAUUCAUUAUCGAAUUGGUUGCUUCUUUCCGAUGCUUAUUUCAGAUGCGAUUUCAAAAUCAAAGACGCCACUCAGAAUCAAGUACCACAAACUAAUACAACUUUAGAAAACAAUAUCUUUCCAUCUUUUUUUAGCGAGAUGGUUUUGGAAGCUGGUUCAAAUCCGAUAGAAACAAUCAAACAUCCUGGGGAAUUCGACACAAUGUUGAAAACAGUUUUAUAUCCUAAAGAUUUCGAUUCAGUUUCAGGCUGGAUACCCGAUGUUGGUGAUGGAAGUAUUUUAAAGGAACCAGUAAGAAAUCUUGCAAAUGAUGCCGAUUUAGCUAGAGUGAGAGUUGUUGCUCGAAACACGAUAGAAAGAGUAGGACGAGCAGUUAAUCAUGGAUUCGAAAAACGAGUACUUCAGUAUAAUAAUGUUGUUGAGAAUAAUAGGUGGGGUAAUUAUGUAAAUUGGAAAUUUUAUCCUUUAUUCGGUCUGUUGGAACAUAGAAAAGUUUCUAUAGGCUUACCAUAUAAAAUUCAUCUACAAAGAGAAAUAAACGACGAUAAGAUAUUCUUUGGAGAGAAUGGUUCAGAUGCAAAAUUAGAAAUAACGAAUCUCCAACUUUUCAUACCCGUAAUAACACCAUCAAUUGAAGUAGAAACGAAAAUAUUCAACUCGUUAACUAAAGAUAUUGAAAUAGCUUUUCUUCAUCGUAACACUGUAGGUAGCAUGACUUUAACCGCAGAAUCCACUACAUGGCCAAUCACUAACACUAUUAAACCAGCAAGAUAUUUAAUAGUUGGUUUCAAGAACUUACCAGAUUCUCAAACGAAUAACAAUAAUGUCUUUAGAGUGGCAAUGAACCAAACUCAAGAUCCUUUAAUCCAUAAAGUUCAAGUAAGAGUAAACAACGAUAAUUAUCCUAACCAACCUUUAACAAUUAAUCCAACCACAAAGGAUUAUAAUGAAUUGUAUAGAAACUAUAAAAAUAUGUGUGAAUUAUUCGGAAAUCUACCUCAGUUUGAAUAUGUAGAUUUUGCACUUAAUCAUCCAAUCUUCUGUUUUGAUCUAUCCGCUCACCAAGAAGAUCUUUUCAAAACAGGAGUGAACAUAAAUAUUCAUAUUGAAAAAACACAAGGAGAUGUAACAGAAACUUUAGUUAUGAAAAUAAUAGAAGCUAUAGAAACAGCUUCACCAACUACAAUAACUUAUAAUGGUAAAAAAAUCAGCAUAACUAAAAAACUUAUUGAUAAAUACAAAUAUUGUAAAGUCAGAGACGAUAUAGAUUUAGAAAGAAUUGACGCGAACGCAAAAGAAGGUGGAUUUAUAUUUUCCCUACCUUUAAUAUUUGCUGGUAUUACCGCGGCGGCUACAGUGGCUGGUGCUACAGCUGGUGGAAUAAAAACUGCCAACGCAAAGAAAGCUGCUAUUGCAGAAGCUGCUGCUACAAAAGCUGCCAACGAAAAGAACGCAGCCGAACAACGUAGACAUAACUUAAAAAUGGAAAAGUUGGCAGCAGAGAUUGAAAAACCUAAAACGGAAAAGAAAGGUUCAGGAGUGGGAGAAAUGAUAGGCACAAUGAAAGAAUUUGGAAAAAGAUUUAGUGAAGAAACCAAGAAAACUGUUAAACAAGGAUUAAAUAAAUUAGUAGAUAGUACUGACACAGGAGAAAUCAAAUUCAAACAUAAGGGUAAUGGAAUAUUUUUAAAAAAUAUACGCACUGGAGAAGGAAUAUAUCUUUUGAAGUAUAAAGGAGAAGGAGUGAUUUUUGGAACAAAUUAA